CCAACAAAGUUUCAAAAAGAGCUGUUAUACACACAUUACAUUUUGAAACGGCAUUUCUAUAAAUUUAUUUCUUUUUGACGAAAAUUAUUUUUAUCCAUAAAUAUCAGUGGAAUAUUUUAAUUAUAAGCAACGAAACAACCGAGAAUGUAUAGAAAGCCAAUUAGCACAGUAAAUGAAAAAGAAAACAAUCUAAAGUCAGUUAAACCAAUCCCGGCACCACAGCAAAAGCAAUAUACUACGAAAAAAACUCUUGGUGAAAAUGGGAAAGGUUUACCUUCUAUUGCUAUACCAAGGCCUGUGCCGACAUGUCGGAGCCGCUCUGCACCAACUGGAAAUGGUUUAGUCGGAUUGCCUGCAUCAAAAACUGGUCAAAUUUCGUGUUCAGUUGCAACAAAUAAUCGACUAGUUACCCAUAACAAUACGACUCGCCCAGCAUCCAGUACCAAACUCACAACGAGCAAACAAACAGUCCCACAUCCAGUGUCUACAUCCACAAUUAAACCAAUUCCUGUCUCAUCUGAUAAUAGGGAUAUUGAGAAACAAAUAGUUAAAGAGAAAGAGAACCAAAGCUUUGAACCAACUGCAAACUCCACAAAAGUGCCAACAAAAGAUGUAGCAGAUUGUGAAUCCAAAAAUACUAAAGAUGAAGCAAAUAAGGCUGAACAUGAAAAGACUGAUACAAGUAAAGAAAAAAAGUCAUGGUCCCUGAGUAAUUUUGAUAUCGGAAGGCCUCUUGGUCGAGGUAAAUUUGGUAAUGUAUAUCUUGCGCGUGAAAAGGAAUCAAAGUUCGUAGUUGCGCUUAAGGUUCUAUUUAAAAAACAAAUACAUGAGUCCAACGUAGAGCAUCAAGUACGACGCGAAAUCGAAAUACAAUCACAUUUACGACAUCCACAUAUACUCCGCUUAUACGGCUAUUUCCAUGACGAUGCGCGCAUUUAUCUUAUUUUAGAGUACGCACCAAAAGGCACUCUCUUCAAAGAAUUACAGUUGCAGCCUUUGAAACGUUUUAAUGAACCGACAUCAGCUAUAUAUAUACGGUCAUUAGCCUCAGCUUUGCAGUACUUACAUGAACGCGAUGUAAUUCACCGUGAUAUUAAGCCUGAAAAUUUGUUGCUGGGCCACAAAGGUGACCUUAAAAUAGCAGAUUUUGGUUGGUCUGUACAUGAGCCAAACUCAAUGCGAACAACACUAUGCGGUACACUUGAUUACUUGCCCCCUGAAAUGGUACAAGGCAAGCCACAUACUAAAAACGUAGAUCUUUGGAGUUUGGGGGUAUUAUGUUACGAGCUAUUAGUGGGUCGCGCACCAUUUCUUGCUACUGACUAUGACGAGACAUACAAGAAAAUUAUUAAAGUCGAUUACAAAUUGCCUGAUUUCGUUUCACGGGCUGCCGCGCACUUCAUUUCAAAGUUAUUAGUGCUGAAUCCCCAGCAACGCCUUCCCCUGGAUGAAGUAAUACUCCAUCCAUGGGUAGCAGCGCACAUAAAAUAAAUAAUAUACGUCUAUUUGAAAGCUCAGCACAUUUAUUUAUUACUUAAAAAUUUUUAUGUUGACGAUUUUAUCCACACAGAUAAAGAAUAGCGUUCUCUCGCAAUUAGGGGGGAAAAUUACACUGCGAACAACGGAAAUAAAAACUACUGAUGAAAAGUCCCUUAAAAAUAACAUUUAGACAAUAAAAAAAAUUUAAAUAAUUUAAAAAAGUAAUUAAAAAUUAUAGAGUAAACUGAGUCUCAGAAACUGAAGGCUUGAAUUUUUUUUUAUUGACGAGUGUGGCGCUAUUCGUGAAUAAUUUUAUUUUGUACUGUUAUCUGUGAAUCUUUCCCAGUUCUGAAUUUGUAUUCAUGAAAAGAUUUUGAUAUCAGUUUGUAGUUAAAACUUGAAAUAAUUUGUGCUGAUUUAUUUUUUACAUAAGUAGUAAAGCCAUUUAUUAGAAGACAUUGGCAAAACCUUUCAGGUCGCAAAUAUAUUUACAAGCAUGCAUGCAACAUCAACUUGCCACUGAAUUAAUGAAACGGUUUUGUCAAUAUAAUAUUCAAUUGUUACAAACAUCUUUAUUACUUCUCUAAUAAAUUUUAAAGCUCUAAUAAUUUAAA